UCGCCCUCGACUUGCGGCUUGCCCUGUCUCGUAGAUCUUGUGAGCAAGCGAUGAGCGCAAAUGGGCCGAUACCCUCGCCCCGACUUGGCUCAGGUCUGUCCCACUGGUGGUCAGGCAAGAGCGAACCGGACGGCACGUUCAAAGUACCUCUCAAGCCAGCCAGCACUGUCCCAUCGCGCCUCACUCAGCCUGUACAACCCACCUCAAACACCGCCAAUGCAUCGCUAGACAACAUCCAGCUAGAACUGCCAUCAGACGAUGAAGACGAGUCACGCGAUCGUGAUGAUGGUGAUGAUGACAAGCCCAUGUUUCCCAUGCCCAACAGCGUACAGAGGAGUAGGGCUCCACCUACCAGACUAGCCGCACCUUCAUCCCGUAUCACUUCAGCCAGCCCGACGACCCUGGGAACAACCACAAUGGGAUUGGCCAGCAAGAACGCGUCCUUGGCUUUGCCACCGUCGACGACUGUCCCACCCAAGCGGGUCAAAGUCGCUCUCGCGCCCGGAUACAGUCCGCUCGAUUGGGCCAAACUGAAAGCUUCAGGCGAAGAUCUGAGGGACGGAGUGGAAUCGAUAAUGAGGAUAGGCCCGAGUGAGCUCAAGAGACACAACACGAAGAAUGACGCUUGGGCUGCUUUCCAAGGCAAGAUCUAUAAUAUGACGCCUUACCUCCCUUUCCACCCCGGCGGCGCCAAGUUUCUCAUGUCGGUCGCUGGCAAGGACGGCACAAGUCUAUUCAUGGAGACUCAUGCAUGGGUCAAUGUGGAAACCAUGAUGGACGCCUGUCUCGUCGGCAUCCUCGUCAGCGAUCCCUACCCCGACAGCGACAGCGACUAGAAUUGUAUAUGCGUUCACUCCGCAGCUUGCAGAGACUAUGUUGUUGUCACGAUGCAGCAUGAAAUACAACAAACACAG